AGAAAUUCAAAAAGCAAGGGCAAGUCAAGAGAAUAGUGAAAAACAUGAGGGUAAAAUGGUAAUUAUAAGUUGGAUAGUUUCAGAUGAACGUUGGAGAUUGAGAUCCAAAGCUCAGACUCGGAACGAAGAAUGAAACGAAUUUUUUUAAAGAAAAUAAAAAUCAAGUCUUUCUCUUCGUCUAUCUCUCUCUCUGCUCAGACUCUCUGGUGUUGAAGACUAAUCACUGAAGCAGAUCUAUUAUACGGAGGACGAAGAAGAUGUAUGAGCAGCAGCAACAUUUCAUGGAUUUGCAAAGCGAUUCUGGGUUUGGGGACGAUAGCUCCUGGCUCGCCGGCGAUGACGAUCUUCGUCUCUCUCCUCACCAAUCUGCCGCCGGUACGAACUCCGGCAAUGAGAAUCUAGAUCGUCGUCUCUUAAAAGAUCUCGUCGAGAUGGUUCCCCUUAUCGAGCAUUACAUGGAACAUAAAGAAAGGAGUUCGUUUAAGCGGCGUGGUUCCAUGAUCUACACUAAGAUGCCUUCAAAAGAAUCCUUGUCCCGAAGGGGAAGAAAUGCUUCUCAAACAGUCCCAGGAAGAAAGAAGAGAGACCAAGAGGGAAAUGACGAUGUUAUGAACAAUUCUAGGGAAGAUGAUGAAAACGCAAAGGCUUUGGCUGGUGCAGAAAAGGAAGAAAUGAGUAGACUAAGAGAGCAAGUGAAUGACUUGCAGACAAAAUUAUCGGAGAAAGAAGAGGUUUUAAAGUCAAUGGAGAUGUCAAAGAAUCAGGUAAACGAGAUACAAGAAAAGCUUGAAGCAACAAAUCGAUUGGUUGCUGAGAAGGAUAUGUUGAUCAAGUCUAUGCAGUUACAAUUAUCGGACACAAAGAUCAAACUUGCUGACAAGCAAGCAGCCCUUGAGAAGACUCAAUGGGAAGCAAAGACAACAGGAACAAGAGCAAUCAAGCUUCAAGAACAGCUAGAUGCUGUUGAAGGAGACAUCUCUACAUUCACACGGGUGUUCGAAACUUUGGCAAAAACUGAUUCCAAGAAACCCGAUAGGGAUUAUGAUGCAGUCCCAUAUGAAUUUGAUCAUCUUCCAUAUUUAGUAAGCCAAAGAAACCACAAUCCUCAUCUCUCCUUUUUCCUUUUUUUUUUUUUUGGUUAAUAUCUAAAAACUUGUUGCAAAAUGCGUUAAAAACAGGACGAUGUAGAUGAAACUGACCUGAGGAAAAUGGAAGAAGCAAGAUUAGCUUAUGUAGCAGCAGUGAAUACCGCAAAGGAACGAGAAGAUGAAGAAUCUCUGGUCAUGGCUGCUCAAGCUCGAGCUUACCUGCAAUCACUAGCCUUUACAUAUUAAUCAUCUUCAGGUACUUACUUCUUUAUAGGAUAUUUCUCUCCUUGGGUUGUUUUAGGAGUAUGUAGAUUUGUACCAUGAAGAAAUUGGAGAAGAAAAGCUUAUGUGAGAAACAUAAAGUUAUGGUUUUCCCCUAAACCAAUGAACGCAACUCUGAGUUUUUGUUUCUUCAUUUGAGCAUGUAUGUAUCUAUAUGAUCUUCUACAUUAUUGGGAACAUAAAAUCAGAUUGUAUAAUGCAUCUGUUCAAUAGUUUACUUUAGAUAUACUCUUAACAAGGAAAUCUAUCAACUUUGGAAUCUAA